AUGUAUAAAUCUCUUUUGCGUCCAAUAUGGGUAUAUGCAAUCCAAAUUUGGGACUGUGCUAAGCCGUCCCAAAUGCGCACGAUGCAAGCAUUCCAGUCCAUUAAUCUCCUCGACGGAGGUGGUUGUCCUUCACCCGGCCUGACGCUGAAUGGCACUAGAGUUAUUCCACGGUCGGGCAUGUCACCGGACUUUUCAACCCUGUCUGAGGUGAAAUUCCCAGCACGUCUGCCAUCGCCUUCUGGCAAGGGAUCGGCUUCAGUGGCGUCGUCGUCCUCGGUAGAUGCUGAAGCGCCGUCUAGGAUCUGCAAGAUAAAAUGUGUGUCGGGCCAAUGGGUCGGUCCUCUGUGCCAAGAAGUAAAUGGUGAUGGCAGAUUUCAGCCAAUACUAAAGUCAUGUGCAUUGGAAGAAGUGCCACCAAAUCUUAUUCUAUCAUUUAAAAAUCGGAUCAUCAUAGAAUUCAAUACAACAAUUCCACACAAUAGCACAAUAUCAGCCCGGUGUCAAGAACCUAUUGGCACGUAUAAACUUAGCGGACCUCCAGUGUUAAAUUGCAGCAAUGGCAUUUGGUCUAGUCCAAUACCGAAGUGUCAGCCAACAACUCUAUUCACUAAUUAUUCAGAAAACUCACCUCCAACAAUUUUGGUACGGGUUCCGUCAGGAUCAGCAGCUGUAGACCAAAAUGGUGGAUUAGUCGUUUUCCCUGGAUCAAUAUUACACUUAGAAUGUCUUUAUUUGAGACGACAUGGCGAUCCGGAAUGGACAUGGACAUCUGAGGCGGAAACUUAUCUUACUGGAUGGGCGAUAGGAACUGAUGAACGCAACUGGAAGUAUCGAUUAUCUAUUUACUAUGUAAAACAAUUUGAUACAGGCUCAUUCACUUGCACUACUUCACGUGGCAUCAACAACACCAUAACACUCCAAGUAUCAGAUAUUCAUUGUAAGCCAGUGCCUAGCAUGGAUCUCAAUCCUCAUCUCAACUACAGAGCAAGCGGGCAUAGGCUUGGCCAGACAACAUACUUCAACUGUCCACCUGGAUUUUUCCUGAAAGGUUCAGCAAAUAUCACCUGUCUUCCUUCAGGAGACUGGUCGAACUCACCACCGGAUUGCAUCAUGGUUAAGUGUCCGCCAAUCAGCGUUGACGAUUCGAGGUUGAUCAUGGUUGAGUACAACGACACGUACGGAAAACGAGCAGCGUUCAAAUGCGCUUGGGGCUUUCAAAUGUCUGGUGUCAAUUCGAUUGAGUGCUUGGCAGAUUCCACGUGGUCGCAUCGAAUACCUACGUGUACCGAAAUUCUAUGUCCAUCGCCGGUCGUGCCACUCAACGGUCUCCUCAUCGAAGAUUCGGCACCAGGACGUCAUGUCGUUGGUUCCGUGGUGCAGUUUUCUUGUGGUGAAAAACAUCAGCUUAUCGGAAAACCCAGCAUGGUGUGCACAGAAAAUGGCACUUGGUCACACUCCACGCCAUACUGCAAGGCCAGAUGCGAGUACCCGGGGGAACCGCCCAACGGCCGUAUCAUACCACUGAAGUUCUGGUACGUGCCGGGUGACAAGUUGAAGAUCACAUGCUUGGCAGGAUAUGUUCUGCCACUUCCGCUGGAGGCCAGCCCACCUGUAUGCCUUGGUGACGGCACGUGGUCGCACACACUGCCCGAAUGCAUACAGUACACUAACGUGUGAUCGGUUGACGGCGAUCCGAUCAAGACGUCUCCGGGUGGACGAACACGCGGUUUCGUGGCGAGUGUGCUUUCCUACGACCACCACCGACGGAUUUUUUAUAAUAAUAUAGUCAUAAUGGGGUGUAAUAUGUCUAAUAUAACAGUAUUUAUACGUACAGUUGUAAUUUUAAUAUUGUGUAUUUUCAUAGCCGUAGGUGCAAAUAAGAGGGGGUGGUAACAUAAGUGGCUUGAUUUUAAUGCCCCCAGAGAUGUAUUAGAAAGAAAUACAAAUAUUACGGAACGAUACAUAGGUAUAAAAAAUGUAAAUUGUAAUUAUAUAAUUAUGUGUUAACAUAGUAUUUUGUAUAAUAUUAUAUAUUUAUUCGGUGAGUAUUGUCAACAUGCAACGUAUACCAUGACAUAUAGGCACCGGUGGUCAGCAUCUUGAUGAUUUAUAUCAAACGUCAUUAGACGAUAUUCAUUUUUGUAUUAUUACACGAUACACGUAUAAACAAAUCGGUCCCAUUAUUUUGUUAUAUUUUAAACUUUAGUCGUAAAAAUGUACUAUUUAACUUUUUGCGAAAAAGUAUGCCACUUAAAAAUAUAGUGAUAUUACGAUCAAAGAGGAGCUAUUAAAAGUGAUUUUAAGUCUUCGUUAAUUGCACGAUAUCAUCACAUCGAUUUUCACAUUCAAACCCUCUCCCCAAAUUUUAAACUCUAUUUGCGCUUAACGUAGGCACAUCUAACCACGUCAUAGUUAACACCUCCUAAUCCUGCAGACGACUACCGAUUAUGCAAAACAUAACAAUAAUAUUAUGCACUAUGUUUAAGUACUAAUAAUAUUUGACAUGGUAAUUUUACCGUCAAUCGAGACAUAACGACGCGACAUCGUCCUCGACGAACGACUGGCCGAGUUCAAUCGACCAGGAUCGAAACAAUAAUGUAUACACCUCAUUACGUCAUUACCCACACCUAUAUCCACCCGUCAACUCGUCUAAUAAUAGUUACUCAUUUAUGAUUAUAACUUACUAUACUAUCGAUACCGUUACAUUGUACAUUCCUCAAUCAAUUAUAACGUACUAUUAGGUUUAUUAUACAACUAAAAUCAUUGCAAGUAUAACGGCACUGUGACGUGACCAGCCUCAAUUCAAGUGCGUCGAGUCGAUAAUAUUGUUAUAAAUUGUUUUUCAAAGCCGUCUACAAUCAUGGCGUAAAUAUAUUAUUGGACACUUCUACGCAACGUUGUCACGGAAAGCUCAUGUCAACGGUAUAUUAUAUAUAGAAUAAUAUAUCUGUCAAAUUCCCCCAUAAAGCAGUGGCUCAGGUUUGAUCCCGACAAUUGUGCUGGAUUUCCGAGUAACUAUAGGUAUAUUUACGGCCAAGGGCGAUAAUUCUGACUGUGCGGACUUUCUGACUACCUGCUUUGCC